UUCCGAGGUAGCACCGGAAGUACGGUGCUCGGAAGGAUCCGACCCAGGAGGGCUCGCGUAGUCCUCGUCGUCACUGGGCUUGGAGGAGUCGGCUAGAAGUCAGAGGCGCGGGGGACCUGAGUAUACGUCCACACCAUCGUCGUGACCGCCGGCAGGCCCCUUUUCUGUGCCUUCGUUGGCUUAGCUGCGAAGUGAGUCGUGGGCGAGCUGCUCUCAGCGUCCCGGAGAACGAGGUCGUUCGGGCAGCGCCCGCGGGAGACGAAGGCCAGAGAAACAGUCCUGGGUUCUGAACUUGCCAUCGAAGAAACCCGGGAGGAGGAGUUGGCAGUCUCCCCAUCCCUCACCCCCCUGGGACGGGCCCCAGCAUGUCUCAGGCCACCAAGAGGAAGCAUGUGGUGAAGGAGGUGCUGGGGGAGCAUAUGGUGCCCUCUGACCAGCAGCAGAUCGUGAGGGUACUCAGGACCCCAGGGAACAAUCUGCAUGAGGUGGAGACAGCCCAGGGGCAGCGCUUCCUGGUGAGCAUGCCCUCCAAAUACCGGAAGAACAUCUGGAUCAAGAGAGGCGACUUUCUCAUUGUUGACCCGAUUGAAGAGGGAGAAAAAGUGAAGGCUGAGAUCUCCUUCGUGCUCUGCAAAGACCAUGUGCGCUCUCUGCAGAAGGAAGGGCUCUGGCCUGAGGCCUUCUCAGAAGUGGCUGAGAAGCACAACAACAGUAGGAACAGACAGACUCCGCCAGAACUCCCAGUGGAGCCACAGUCAUCAGGAGAAGAGUCCAGCUCUGAAGAUGAUUCUGACCUCUUUGUUAACACCAAUCGCAGACAGUAUCAUGAGAGCGAGGAGGAGAGCGAAGAGGAAGAGGCAGCCUGAGUCCCUCCACCCGCUUCUCUUGCCCAGAGACUAGGAUUGGCUCCUCUGAGCUCAGACAUUCCUGGGGUGCUCUGCAGAUCUUCCCCCUCUGGAUGGGGGACAAGGCAGGGCCCCUCUCUGAACUGACCUUCUGCUCAAGGAGAAUUAAACCCCUGGUGGGUGACGACUUGUGCUGGUGUCUGAGUGGCUCUCUGGAGGGAGGAGGGAUUCGUGAAGUUACAGACUGCUCCUUGGCGCAGGUCCUAAACGGGCAGGAAAUGGAAAUGGCUGGAACCUUUCCUAGAUUCUCACUGGGCACUCAGUAAGCGCCAGGCCCUGUGCUGUGCCUUCAUGCAUGUAUUUACUAACUGGGAGCAAUCCUUCUCUGUUGCCUGCUGCCAAGUAAUACUGAGUCAGGCAUUCAGGAGCACGGCGGAAGGAUCUAGUGCCUCCGCCUCUAAGAGACACUCAGGACAAAUUUCACAGUGCCUCGUAAGCUGUUUUCCUGGCAUGCCAGUCACCACGACUGCAGGAAUGCCCACCUCCGUGCUGCGGUGUACAUCCUCUGCCUGGUGGCGGCCUUGUGGCUACACAGACCAUUACUCCUCAGCCCUCUUGCAAACCAUCCCACUUGUCCUUUGAAGCUCAUACUUCUGGCCAUGCACUCCCUCUUCACUAUUGGCCUUGACCUAAUCACUGUUCAGACGUUGAAGAGUUUAACCCCCUGGCUCAGAGUCUUCUAUUCCUGCUUCUGUCGUCAUUUUCUACCUCCUGGGGGUGGGUCUCUUCAACACUGUGUGUGGCCCCCUACUUCUUUGUCUUCCACUUCAGGCCUGCUGCCUGUGUCUUCGGUCCCUCCCUGGAUCCCUGUCAUUGGUAGGAAUUGCCCUUCUUGAAUUCAUACAUCUGUGCAGUCACCACCUCCUGGCUUGCUUGCUUGCUUGCUCAACUACCUCCUCUUUAUCUUUAUCUGCAGGCCUCCCCCCACCCCCCACCCCGCUCCUUUCCCUUCUUACUGUUACUCUCCUAUCUCCACUUCCCUACACCCUCCCGCUGCCUUGUUUCCCUCCACUGUGUUCAUCUAGUAAAACCUAACCCUGGCCAACCCGUUUACCUCUCUGCUUAUGCUCAAGUAACUGCUAGAGAAAACAGCCAACCUAGCUCACUAGUUCUACCUUAAAUUCAUAAUUAACAAAACCUCAAGUGGACACUCAGCACCGCCUAGCAGAUCUUCUCUGGGAUGUUGUAUUUCACAACUUUUACGUUGUCUGCCAAUUCCUCCUCCUCCUCUUAGGUGUUGACCACAUACUUCAUUAAAUCAUAGCCUUUGGAGGGAACUCUCACCUCUCCGUUACCAAGCGUACAAAUGUGCUCAUGGAUUGUCUUGUCUCUCAUUUCCCCUUGUAAUCCAGUGGGACUAAAACCUUUUCUGUUGUGCUUUGGAGCUUGUCUGUCCUCCUGCUCAAGGACUGUAUGGAAGUUUUGGUUUUUGUCAUCCUUUCUGCUGGAUGUGUUAGCAUCAAAGAUGCUGUAGACUCUCCCAUCCAAAACAGCCUGAAACACCUGUCGCUGUUCCCACGUCCUCUCCAGCUACUGCUUCAUUUAUCUGCUUGUUCACUUUCCUUUAUAGCAUCUUAGCAUAGCUUUAAACGUAUACAUGUGUGUGUGUUUGUAUGUCUGUGUGUACAAAAAAUAAACUUCAGGUGAGUUAAGGAUAUGUAUGUGUGUGUAUAUUGAACUUGGCUGAAAUUUAUUUUUUAUGGGAAGUGACUUUUGCUAAAGGGAUAGUCAUCUGUAUACCAUCUACUGAAGGAGUCAUUCUUCACAGAUUUAAGGUAUCUUUUUAAAAUAAACGAAAUUCCUGCGUA